AUGGCCCUCCCAUCUCUCACCCAAACCCCCACCCUCUACCCGAACUGCUGCCUCUCCCUCUCCACACCCUUCCUCACCCACCUUGCCUCGCUCCUCCCUACACACCCCCACUUCACCCUCUCAAUCGGCUCUGGCUCGGGCCAGCUGGAAGCCCUAAUAACAACGAAUCACCGCGAUGUCCGCAUCGAAGGCGUCGAGGUCAAUUCCUCUGUGAAUCUCUACAUCGAAGAACAGGAUAUGAACUUUGUAACGGGGACAUGGGAGCUGUGCUCCCGGGCAGCCCAAGCAAAGGCCUGGAUGUUUGUUUACCCACGGGAGCCGAAGCUUCUGAUGAAAUAUAUUGAGACGUAUGGGGGUGGGGAAGUAGCUGAGAUUUUGUGGUUAGGGCCAAAGGUUGACUGGAGUGACUACGAGGGUUGUUUUGAGCAGAGCGGGUUUAAAGAUGUGGGGAUAUACGAGGGCGGGAAUAUUGGUGGUGCGGAGUUUGAAGUACUGGCAGUGGUGAGAAAGACAAUGUCUUGA